AGACUCUCUCUCUUAACGAACGCCCAAAGAGAAGGAAGAGUUCAGCAGCAGCAGCUUCUUCUUAAACCUAUUCCGUCUUCUUUGCGAACUGUAUAAGGGUUCAGAUUCACAUAGAAAUGGUUCACACAGUCUUCCAAACGGGACAAAUCAUGCCCGUCAACACUCAAAUCAUUCCAACCACCAAAACCUUAUCGUCCAGUCAAUUCAUUUCUUUCAGGUCGCCGUCUUUGCCGAAGCUCAUCGCUAGGUUCCCCAACGGACUAAUUGUGAAGGGAUCGAUGUUAUCACCACCGCCAUCGAUGGCUGACGGAGAUACCAUAGCUCACCUUGAGCGAUGCUUCAUAGAAUCAUCACCUGCGAAGGAUUCUCCAUCUUCUUCGUUGGCAACAUCCUCGUCUUCGAAGAAUUUCGCGCCGGUUAUGAAGGGACAAUAUGGUGCUUUUGGAGCUGUGACUUUGGAGAAGUCGAAGCUUGAUAUGACUCAGAAACAAUCCAAGUCUAGUCCUGAGCUUGCCAUUGGGGGUGGUAGUGGUAACAAUGGAAAGAAAAUCAAUAAUGGGGGUGGGGAUGGUGGGGAUGAUGGAGGAGAUGAUGAUGACUAUUUUGAUGAUUUUGAUGACGGUGAUGACGGAGACGAGGGUGGAUUAUUCCGAAGGAGAAUGCUUUUUCAAGAGCUCUUUGACAGGAAAUUUGUUGACGCUGUCUUGAAUGAGUGGCAGAAGACAAUAAUGGAUUUACCGGCUGGAUUAAGGCAGGCUUAUGAAAUGGGUUUGCUCAGCUCUGCUCAAAUGGUAAAAUUUCUUGCAAUAAACGCCAGACCAACAACUGCUAGGAUGAUUUCAAGAUCACUUCCUGAAGGGCUGUCCAGAGCAUUUGUUGGAAGGAUGAUUGCAGAUCCUGCUUUUUUGUAUAAACUUCUGUUAGAGCAGGCCACCACAAUUGGGUGUUCAGUUUGGUGGGAGGUGAAGAAUCGGAAAGAGAGGAUUAGACAGGAAUGGGAUCUAGCAGCUAUAAAUGUUGUUACUGCUGCUGCCUGCAAUGCUAUAGUUGUGUGGUCACUUGCUCCUUGUCGCUCAUAUGGUAACACCUUCAGGUUUGAUCUGCAGAAUACUCUUCAAAAGCUUCCGAACAAUAUUUUUGAGAAGAGCUAUCCGAUGAGGGAAUUCGACUUGCAAAAGAGAAUCCAUUCGUUCCUUUAUAAAGCGGCUGAAUUGUGUAUGGUCGGGUGCACUGCUGGUGCAGUGCAAGGGGCUUUGACAAAUCUAAGUGCUAGCAAAAAGGAAGGGAGAUUAUCAGUCACGAUUCCGAGUGUCAGUACUAACUCCCUUGGUUAUGGAGCAUUCCUUGGUUUAUAUGCAAACUUGCGGUAUCAGCUGUUGUUUGGAUUUGACAGAGCAGUUCUCAACUAUUUUGAUGUUAUUGGUGUUGCCCUCUUCUUCGGUACUACCUUAAGGAUGUUGAAUGUUGAGUUAGGAGAGAAAUCGAAGCUGGCUUGGCUGGGUGUGGAGGCUGAUCCAGCAGCACACUCAGAAGAAAUGCUGAAAGCUUAUAAUAGACCGUCCAAGAAAGUUGACGAAUCUUCAUCAUCAUCAAACUGGUUUAUAUCGAAGAAAGCUGUCAUUGUAUCUGGGCUUGAUCUUCUUGGGUUUAAAGGAAGAAAUGCUGAAGAAGAAGGAGAAGCAUCAAAUCCAAAACCUAAACGGAAGAGAAUAGUUAGGAGAAAGGUGACAAGGACUUAGUUCUUCGGCAAUAGGUAGAUCUCUGUUGUUCAUUAUGCAGCACCAAAAUCCCAACUCCAAAUUGGCUGAUGAUGAGAAGUGAAGAUCCUGUUGAAGAAUUGCUUUUUCUAGAAAUGAGGCUCAUCAUCUGACGGCUGCGAUUUCGUGUUAUUAGAUGUUUAGUUCUUCUGUGGAUGCUGCCAUUUUUGUGAUGUUAUUAGAUCCCAGUUCAUGUUUUUUUUUUUCCCCUAAAUUUUUACCAGUAGGGUAGAAUAAUAAUAUUGCAAUGACAAUAUCUCUAUUUAUAUGAAUUGUGAAAUUGAAUGUUUGCUCUA